UCUUUCAACAGGGUUCGCUUCAUCCACGUUACCUUUUUCGAGUAAAUGGAGUUUCGACGGCUCGCGAUAAGUCUUUAAUUUUAGGCUGCUAUCAAGGACGGAACGAAAACGACGAGGAGGAAGAUCAAAGGUUCCAACAUCGAAUCCAUUGAUGGGUGACCAUGUUAUGAGCAGGGACGGGGCGCCACCUCCUAACUACAGCAGCACCGCCGAUGUCGGCGAUAAGAAGAAGAAGAGGAAGAAGAAAAAGAAAAAGGGGAAGAAGACAAGCGCCGAGCAAGCUUCGGCCACCAAAUACGUGAAGGACUGGUUUUACGCCGAUUCAACGUUGCCGUCGUCGCCGCCAUCGUCUUGUCUGGCUGAUUUUGAGGUACCCAAAAGCGUCUGGUGCCCGGAGCCAAUCGUUUUCGAGCUCCACUCCCACUCGAUAUGCAGCGACGGCUUUCUUUCUCCCUCUGCACUGGUCGAGAGGGCUCACAGGAAGGGGGUGAAAGUACUUGCACUGACCGAUCAUGAUACAAUGGCUGGGAUACCAGAGGCAAUAGAAGCAGCUCGCAAGUAUGGAAUGAGAAUAAUUCCUGGCGUUGAGAUUAGCGCCAUGUUCUCACCUAGGGAAGACUCUGGAACUGAAGAGCCAGUUCAUAUCCUUGCAUAUUAUGGUAGCUGUGGUCCUUCCAGAUUCGAAGAGCUGGAGAAAUGCUUGGCCAAUAUAAGGGAUGGGCGUUACAUGCGUGCAAAAGACAUGUUGCUGAAGUUGAAAAAUUUGAAAAUGCCUCUUAAAUGGGAGCAUGUUGCAAGAAUUGCUGGCAAUGGUGUAGCUCCUGGCAGGGUUCAUGUGGCUCGUGCCAUGGUUGAAGCUGGUCAUGUGGAGAAUCUAAAGCAGGCUUUUAGCAGAUAUCUUUAUGAUGGUGGACCUGCCUAUGCAACGGGUAACGAGCUUCUUGCUGAGGAAGCUGUUCAACUGAUUCAUCGAACUGGGGGCAUUGCUGCUUUGGCCCAUCCGUGGGCAUUGAAGAACCCUGGUGCUGUUAUCAAAAGUUUGAAAGGUUCUGGUCUUCAUGCAAUUGAGGUAUACAGGAGCGAUGGGAAAUUAGCUGGAUUAGGUGAUCUUGCUGAUUUGCAUGGGCUUGUGAAGCUUGGCGGUUCAGAUUUUCAUGGAAGAGGUGGACACGAUGAAUCUGAUCUUGGAACAGUAAAUCUUUCAGUGUUAGCUGUUCAGGAAUUUCUUAAGCUAGCUCGGCCUAUUUGGUGUGAUGCUCUUAGAGAUGUCCUGCUGAGUUUUGCUGAGGAACCGUCUGAAUCUAGCAAAUUCAAGAAAUUUAGAAACCAUGAGAAGGAUGUCGUCUCUCCUUCCUUGUGUUUUUGGUUGACAGAUGAGGAAAGGCAAACUGUGGAGAUGGAGGCCAUGAGGCUGAAACUCUCCCACACCGUUGUCAAUGAGAGGGGUAUCCCUAUAUCUGUUAUUGGGAAAUAGUGAACUCUACUAACUUUCCCAGUUUUGUCAGUUUCCUUUUUUUCAGCUGACAAAACUGUCCCAGAUGCGAUGCCUGUGUGUUAACCCCUUAGUCUUUGAAUUUCAUUGUUUGUUGUUCGGCUUAGGUCAGCAAGAUGCCCAUAGGUGAAAUCACAUCGUGGAUGUGGAAACUUAUGGAUGUAUCUCUAUCACUCUCAAUCUUUGGUUUUAAUUUUAACAUUUGUUGAACACAAAUUGGUUUUGGUUUUAACACUUACUGAACACAAAUUUGUUGGCUUGAGAAAGCCAUGUAGCUCUCUCUCUCUCUCAAAAGAAAAACGCUAUUGCUGGGCUGGC